GUUUAACGUCAGUUCCUGCCCUAGAAGCAAACCAGAAAACCGGGGCUUCCUUCAUUUGGGGCGAAGCUUACAGAAAGAGGGAAGUUGUAAGAGGAUGGAACGGUUGGCAGUGUGAGAACUGAACUCACUUGGACACUGAUACAACCAUCGACCAUUCAGCUUCGCAGAAAAGUAACUGCACUUGGGAGUUGUUCGAACAACUGCGGAGAGAAAAGCGACACAAGGUGAUCAACAACCAUCCCGCAAAAAGCAGAGAGGUGACCCGUGACUUUACCUAGCGGUUAAAAAAAAAUAAACGGCAGCUUCAGUGGAGACAAUUGUGUGCCUUUCAUCGGAUGACCGGCAGCUGACAUGAAUUGCACCAAAGACAAAUACUACGAGACGUCCCCAUUUAAGUGCAAGUUUUUCGGUGUGAUUUACAGCCUUCUCUUUAUUAUAGGACUUCCGGAAAACAUAGCAACAUGUUGUUAUUUAUUGUAUAAUAAAGGCAAUAAAAGACUGACUGAAGUCAAAAUCUAUAUGAUAAGCCUAACACUGGCAGACCUCAUGUUUAUUCUGUUUCUUCCCUUCUGGGUCGACUACUACCAUCGGGAAAGUGACUGGAAAUUCGGUGACUUCAUGUGCGGUUUCUGUGGGUCUCUAUUUUACAUCAACACCUACAGCACUCUCUGCUUCUUGUCUCUCAUUAGCUUCACCCGCUACCUCGCUGUCUCACGACCGGUGGAAACAGCUCAGUCGAAGCAGGUAGUAAGAGGUGUCAUCCUUACCGCCAUAAUCUGGACAGGAACUGUAGGUGCUUCUAUUUGGGUGUUAGCUGAUAGCAAAAAGCACACCAACGAAAAACACAACGCCACAAGCUGUUUCGAAGAUUACUGGAGCACGACGGGGAAGAAUGGGAAGGACAAUGAGACGCAGAAAAUAAAUUUAUUGGUUAUUCACUCAAUUAUGUUGUUGGUUUUCGCUCUUACCCUGGGAGCGGUCAUUGCAAAUUACGUCCUCAUCCUUCGAAAACUCUCGGCUGACCAGUCAGCGUUGAGAUUGUCCCAAGACAAGCUGAAGAAACGGGCAAUCCGGAUGGUGCUGAUGGUUCUGGUGAUCUACAUCCUUUGUUUUCUGCCCUACCACCUGAUCCAACUGCCCUGGAUGCUUUUAGUUCUCGACAUCUGGAAGCCCUUCAAGUGCAAUUUCAGGAAGACUUUCAAUGACGUUCACCAAGUUACUCUAGGCCUGAUGUCUAUCAACUGUGUUCUGGAUCCUAUUGUUUACUGUUUCCUGACGGAAGAUUUCAGGCAAUACUUGAGAGAGCUGAUAAACUAUCACAGGAAUAACUGUAUUCUGAGGAACAAGCCCAAACCUUGAACCAUUCACAUGAUCACUGUUUACCUAGUUAGAUAAAUUUAUAGAUUGUGUAUUCCAAAUGCACUAUUUUGCCUUGCAAAUAACCGAGUAAUUUUCGUUAUUUUACAAACAAACCACAACGGCUUGUUCCCUUAAAAGCACAAAGUACUGAUCAGCACAGGUAGAAUAUGUUCAGAGAGAGCGAGGUAUGGGUUAACUCAGUUUCCGGGUCUCUUUUUAGACUUCGUUUGGUUCCCUUCGUGUAGUUUACCAAGGGCAUGAACUGUUGUUUACAACUACUCUUUCCAGUUUUUUUAACUCUUCAAUAACAAUCAAAUAACAUGCUAGAUUUUUUUAACAAAGUUCUUCCUUCAAGUACUAACGAACUUCAUAGUGCAUGGCAUUUCUUGAGAGGUGUUUACUAAAGGGGAAGGGGUAUCUUUAUUAAAGAAUGGUUAUUAUAGAGGUUUAUAACAUUCUGAAGGGCAUAGAUAAUCAUAAAUAGAAUCUUUUCCCCAAGGCAGGGGAGUCUAGAAGUAGAGGUCACAGGUUUAAGGUGAGAGGGGAGAAAUUUAAAGAAGGUCUGAGGGGUAAGUUUUUCCACACAGAGGGUGAUGAAUGUCUGCCAGAGGAGGUGGUGGAGGCAGAUACUAUUACAAUGUUUAAAAGCUGUUUGGACAGGUACUUAGAUAGGAAAGAAGUAGAGAGAUACAGGCCUAAUGCAGGCAAAUUGGAGAUUAACAUAGAUAGGCAUUAUGGCUGGCAUGGACGAAGUGGACCGAAGGGCCUGUUUCUCUGCUGUAUGUUCUAUGAAGGACACCAGGGCUACUCCAGGUAAUUUCAGGCUGAUGAGUGUGACAUCAGUGGGAGGGAAGUUAUUGGAAAAAUUCUGAUUUUCUGCAGCUGGAGAGGAAGGAAUUGAACAGGGAUACUCAGCAUGGAUUUGUUAAUGGGCCGUCCUGUUUCCAAGGUAUGACUCUUGGCUUUUCAAGUGCUCAUGUGAACAGUUCUCAAGUGAUGUGAUUGUCGCUGCCUCCACCACUCACCAGAUAGCUAUUACAGAGAUGUGUUACGGGAUGACCAAGUCAAGAUUCCAUAGAAUAGGCAAAAAUGGAAGGGAGGUGGGUUAUUCUUUGUUUCCUUUGUUAUUCAAGGAAAGAAUCAGUGUGGGUGCUGAGUAGUGAUGGAGCUGCAGUGACGUGGAAUUGGUUUGGGUGGAAAUACUCAAUAGCAGGAAAAGAGGACACGGGUGGGAGUUGCAGCUCGACAAGGCAAAGGGGAAAUAUCAAAGGCAUGUAAGAAGGGAACUGCAAUUAUCAAGGGUGAUUUUAGUCUGCAUACUGAUUGGACUAAUCAAACUGACAAGGGUACUAUCAAGAGGAAUUAUGGAAUGCAUCAGGGAAUGUUUUUUAAAGCAGAACUUAUCCAGGAACAGGCUAUUUUAGAUCUGGUCAUGUGUAAUAAGGUGGGAUUAAUAAAGGAUGUGGUUAAGGAUCCCUUAGGGAGUAGUGAUCACCGCAUUCUUCCUCAAAUCCUCUAUCUCUUACCUUGAACACCCUAUCCAUGCCCCUCACUACACCUUAAUUCUGCAAAGAAAAGAAACAUCUUAUUUAAAAUAAUAGAUUACAGCUUUGUUGAGGACAGAGUCAGAACCUCAAAUGCGUUUGUGUGGUCAAAGUGUUGUCAGACAUUAAUGGUGGAGCAGGCACAAAGGGCUGAAUGGCCUGCCCCUGCUGCUAUGUCAUCUGACUCUCACAUGCCCUCUGAACUGUCCUGGGAAGUCACUCAGUUGUAUCAAACGUGAGUAAGGUGAAUGGUCUGACAUCAACCCAGGCACUGAAUUCAUACACUGCAAAGUUUAUCUCAGAACAGCCUGACUUCAUUGUAUACUGGAAUCAGAUCUUAAGGCUCCUACUGCACAAUACCCGGGUAGGACAGUGGGGUACAGGUGGGAGGGAGUUGCUUUGGGGUCCUCAACAAAACCCCGUGAACUCCAGAGGUGAUCCGAAAUCAAGACGUUGAACAAGCUCUCAAGUAGCCCUUAUAAACUGAAGGCAAUGAGCGUCAGGAACAAAACAUUCCAGUGGCUGGAGUCAUACCUCGUACGUGUGGUUGUUGGAGGUCAGUCAUCCCAGCCCAGGACAUCACAGCAGGAGUUCCUCAAGCAAGUGGUCAGAACUGGGGAUGUUUGCUGACAAUGUUCAAAUCCAUUUGUAACUCCUCAGCAAAUGAAGCAGCCCAUGCCUGCAAGCAGCAAGUCCUAGACAACAUUCAGGCAGGGGCUGAUAAAUGGCAAGUAGCAUUCUGAUCCCAAAGGUGAAUUAUCAGUGCCCAAGUCCAACAAGAGGGAGUCCAACCACCUACCCUUGACAUUUAAUAGGAUUACCGUCACUGAGCCCUCCUUCAA